UCUUUCAAAAUGGCAACAGAACCAAUUUAUAUAUUUUCAGUAAAAUUUUGGCGCUAUGGCAUUUUGAAUAGAGCCAUUGUUGCUGUACAUCCUAAACUUUCAUUCAUUAUCUAUUACUACUUCAAAGUCCAACCAAAAAUUGUCUGCUUUUGAAAAUGGUGUUAUCACCCAGAGAAUCUGGUGAAUUUAUUUCUAGUCAUGCAAAGCAUGUUAUAUUACCUCCUGAAGGCAUAGAAAAAGCUGCUGAAGUGGUUCUGAAAUGUUUACAGGAAAAGCAAUUCACUAUAACUGGUUGGUGGAAAAGCCAUGAAUUGAAUCCUCAAUCAUCCUCACCUUUUGCUCUUGACUGGGUAUUUUUAGCAGAUACAUUAAAUUUUUCCUUUUGGGCUGAAAAAGGAAAAGCAUAUAAAAUAACAUUUAAUGGUAAAACUUACACUGGCUAUUGGUCCUUGUGUGCAGCUAUGAAUAGAGCAAUGCAGGAAGGUUAUGACAUCACUUCGCCAGCUUAUUAUGCUAGUAUAUCGUUAAAUGAACUCAGCCAUAUAUUCAGAUCAGACACUGGAGUGGAAGUACCUUUGCUGAAGGAAAGACACAAAAUUCUGCAAGAGACUGGAAAAUGUUUGGUUGAAAAAUUUAAUGGCACAUUUUCUACAUGUGUGGCUAUGGCAAAUAAUAAUGCUCAGAAUCUUUUAAAAAUUGUUCUGGAUAAUUUCCCUUCAUACAGAGAUGUUGCAACAUUUGAUGGACAAAAUGUAACUUUCUACAAGAGAGCUCAAAUUUUAAUUGCCGAUAUAUGGCUCUGUUUUGAAGGCAAGGGUUAUGGUGCCUUUAAUGAUAUUGAUAGUCUUACUAUAUUUGCUGAUUAUAGAGUGCCACAAGCCCUCGUCUAUUUAGGAGCAAUGAAAUACUCAGAUGAACUUCUAACCAAAUUGAAGAGUGAUGAACUAUUGGAAAAUGGUGAUCGGUAUGAAGUAGAAAUAAGAGGUUGUUCUAUCCAAGCUUGUGAGCUUAUUUGUGCCAACAUCAAAGGUAAGAAAAGUGCAGGCACAGUUCCAAAAGAUUUGUAUAUCAAUUCUAUACUUAUUGACAACUUUUUAUGGGAGUAUCGAAGAAGCCAUGCAACAGAAAUGGAGCACAUUCCAUUUCACAAGACACGCUGCAUUUACUACUAACUAGCUUGUCAGUCUAUUGUACUUUAUUUUGAUUAUACUUAUUAAUUAUAAAUAUGUAUAUCUGUAGACAAAAAAAAUGCUCAUAUAUGAACUGUUAUUGCUAAAAGCUUGGAUAUAAAUUCUCUCUAUAUAUUUUUUUAAAUGUUAAUCAAAAAAAUUUUAUGUAAGCU